AUGUCAAACUUUUUUAAAAAGUUAUCAGUACUCGAAGCUGAUUAUAGUAAAGCUUUAUUAAAAUUAGUUAAAUCAACUGGUCAAAAGAAAUUAAUUUCAAAUCCAUUUUUGGAUGGUUCAUUAAAAGAAUCAUGGAAAAUUUCAUUAAAUGAAUUAGAACAAGUUGGUAAUCAACAUUUAAUUUUCUCCAAUUUAAAUAAUGAUCUUUCAACAGGUAUUGAUAAAAUGGUUAAAGAUAAAGAUAAUAUUAGAAAAAAAUUAACAAAUGAUGGUCAAAAAUUAACAAAAGAUAUGAAAGCACAAAUUGAAGUUUGUCAAAAAGCAAAAUUAAAUUAUCAUAAAUUAUCAAAGGAAGCAGAGGUAGCACAUACAUUAUUAAGUAAAGGACAAGCAGAUCCAAAGAUGAAACAAGAUAAAGUUUCACAAUUAUCAAGUAAAGCAUCACAAGCAUCAGAGAAAGCACAACAAGCCGAUAUGGAAUAUAGGGAGAUAUUGAAUACAACCAACAUUAAACAGGAUGAAUAUUAUAACACUGAUAUGCCAACAUUAUUGAAAGAGUUUCAAACAUUUGAAGAGGAUCGUAUCGUUCAAAGUAAAGAUUCAAUGGAGAAAUUGGCAAUCUUUGUCAAAGAGAUACCACCAGUGGUUCAACAUGCAUUCGAAGGCAUUGAGAAGGGUGCACAACAGAUCGACAAGGACGCUGAUAUCCGUCAAUGGGUGUCAGAGAAUCGUACUGGUGUCACUGUACCAUCACAUAUUGAGUAUCAAGGUUUCGAGGGUGAGGCUGCCUCUGGCAACAACAAUUCCACCUCCUCUCCAACAAACUUUAGAGUUGGCACCUAUAAGCCACCAACCACCCAAAUCAAAGAAUGGGGUCUCACCUCAAAGGAUCAAUCUUUGAGUAGCACAGAGAAAAUCGCUAAAUUGGAGCAACAGCAUCAAGAAAUCUCUCAAUCCAUUCGUUCAGAGGUUCAAGCUCGUUCAGGUAUUGAGAAAUUGAUUCAAUUCUAUGCAAACGAUCCAAAGGAACAAAAGAAGGCUGAAGGUGAAUUGGCUGAAGCUGAUAAAAAAAUUCAUGCCCUCAAAGAGAAUCAAAAACUUAUCACUGCUCAAUUGGAGGAAUUGGGUAAAACUAAUCUUUCUGGUUCAAGUGGUGGUGGUGCUGAUCUUUCAAAUUCAAAUGGUGCUGGUGCAACUGGUGGUGCCACUAGAGUCGUUCGUGUAAAAGGUCUCUAUGAUUAUGAUGCAACUUGUGAUACUGAAUUAAGUUUCCGUGAAGGUGAUAUCCUCACCGUAACUGAACAAGAUUCAAGUGGUUGGUGGUAUGCUGAAUUGGCUCAAAGUGCUAAUCCUUCUGCAUCAAUUGGUUCUUUAGGUUUCAUUCCGGCCAAUUUUGUUGACAUCAUCGAUGGUUAA